AUGGCUUCAUUAGCUCGUACAUUUGCCUCUUCUCUUUCUAACCGUACUUAUACCUCUGCAUCAGCAUCUGCUCCUGCUUUAAAGAGAUUCUACAGUAUCGCCAUCAACAACAAGGAGGAAGAGCAAAAGAACAGAAAUGCCUCUGGUCUUAUGAACAAGUCCUUGAACACCAUCUCAUCUCAAUCUACCAUGCAAAUGCGCCACAACACCACAAACAUCCCUGACUUUUCCAAGUACAAGAAGGUCAAGAACAGUGGUGAAGCCAGCCGUACCUUCACCUAUAUGAUGAUUGGUGCCACUGGUUUGGUUUCUGCUGCUGGUGCUCAAGCUACUGUUACAGAUUUCUUGGCCAAUAUGUCUGCUUCUGCUGAUGUUUUGGCUUUGGCCAAGGCUGAAGUUGAUAUGUCUGCUAUCCCCGAGGGUAAGAACGUUACCAUCAAGUGGAGAGGAAAGCCUGUCUUUAUCCGUCAUCGUACCGAUGCUGAAAUUGCUGAAGCUAAUGAAGUUCAAGUUUCUUCUUUGCGUGAUCCUCAAACUGAUGCUGAGCGUGUCAAGGAUCCUCACUGGCUCGUCAUGUUGGGUGUCUGCACCCAUUUGGGUUGUGUACCAAUCGGUGAAGCUGGUGAUUUCGGUGGUUGGUAUUGUCCUUGCCACGGUUCUCACUACGAUAUCUCUGGUCGUAUUCGUCAAGGUCCUGCUCCUCUCAACCUUGAAAUUCCUGAAUACAGCUUCCAAGACGAUAAGCUCAUCAUCGGUUAG